GUGUCGCCGGAGCCCGAGCGUGCAGGCCGGUCCCGGCGGCCGGGGGGGAACGGGCGGGCUGGGGGCGCCAUGUGGUUCAUGUACGUGCUGAGCUGGCUGUCGCUCUUCAUCCAGGUGGCCUUCAUCACGCUGGCCGUCGGUGAGAGUGCGCGACUUCGGCCCGCGCGGGCUCCCGCCCUGGCCAUCUCGGCAGGACUCUAUUACCUGGCAGAGCUGAUAGAAGAAUACACCGUGGCCACCAGCAGGAUCAUAAAAUACAUGAUCUGGUUCUCCACGGCUGUGCUGAUCGGCCUGUACGUCUUUGAGCGCUUCCCCACCAGCAUGAUCGGCGUGGGUCUCUUCACCAACCUAGUCUACUUUGGCCUCCUUCAGACCUUCCCCUUCAUCAUGCUCACCUCGCCCAAUUUCAUUCUGUCUUGCGGGCUCGUGGUGGUGAAUCACUACCUAGCAUUUCAGUUUUUUGCAGAAGAGUAUUAUCCGUUCUCAGAGGUGUUGGCCUACUUUACUUUCUGCCUGUGGAUAAUCCCGUUCGCAUUCUUUGUGUCACUCUCGGCUGGGGAGAACGUCCUGCCCUCUACCAUGCAGCCAGGAGAUGACGUGGUCUCCAAUUACUUCACCAAAGGCAAGCGGGGCAAACGCUUAGGCAUCCUGGUUGUUUUCUCCUUCAUCAAAGAGGCCAUAUUGCCCAGUCGUCAGAAGAUAUACUGACCCCCUUGGGGAGGGGCUGUGGUAGCCAGCUCAGGGGAGUCAGGCCUCUGGGGCUCUGGCUAGGUCAGGGCUGGGAGCUGGCAGGCAGCUUCCCCCAGGCCUGGCUUCUCUCUCCUCGCAGCUGCAGCCCCAUCCCCACCCUCCUUGGGGCUUGGCUUGGCUCGGAUCCGAUGCUGCUGGAGACUGUAACAUCAAAGGGCACCAAGGAGGGGGGCAAAGUCUGUGUGGCUAAGAGACUGAGGUGGGUCAGGAAAUUCUGGUCCAGCCGGGGCAGGCAGGCUGGAGAGCGGACGGUAACAAGUGCUCUGGACAGAUGGCCAAAGGGAGGGGUCAGGGCUUGCCACUUCCAAGAGAAAGAGUCUCUACUGUUGAACUGUGAUUUCUGUCCAUUUGCUGAUUCCCGUUUGAAUAAAGAUUCUAGGUGGCACUGUUUGCCUUAA